CCCCAGAUCAUGUCCUCGGCUCCCGGGACUGCGCGUCGAAAAAGAAGUCCUCCCAGCUUGGACUUCAUGACCUUUCCAAGCUGUGCGCUCUGCUGCCCGGACCUAGUCUGAACCGCGCUGCCCAGGCAGACCUCGGCGCUGGCGGGUUUCCUCUGCGUGCUGCUUUUUCUUUUCUUUUUUCUCUCACGCCCGCCGGCCUCUGAGACCUGGAAGAAAGGGGCGGCUCCCUGCACCCCUCCGGAACCAUCAGGAAGAUGGGGAGCAAGGCCCUGCCAGCGCCCAUCCCACUCCACCCAUCGCUGCAGCUCACGAAUUACUCCUUCCUGCAGGCAGUGAACACCUUCCCCGCCGCGGUGGACCACCUUCAGGGCCUGUACGGGCUCAGCGCUGUGCAGACAAUGCACAUGAACCAUUGGACGCUGGGGUACCCCAACAUGCACGAGAUCACCCGUUCCACCAUCACGGAGAUGGCUGCUGCACAGGGCCUCAUGGACGCUCGCUUCCCCUUCCCCGCACUACCCUUUGCCACCCACCUGUUCCACCCCAAGCAGGGUGCCAUUGCCCACGUACUUCCAGCCCUGCACAAGGACCGGCCCCGUUUUGACUUUGCCAACUUGGCGGUGGCCGCCACGCAAGAAGACCCCCCUAAAAUGGGAGACCUGACCAAGCUGAGCCCCGGGCUGGGCAGCCCCAUCUCGGGCCUCAGUAAACUGGCUCCGGACAGAAAACCUUCCCGAGGGAGAUUGCCCUCCAAAACGAAAAAGGAGUUUAUCUGUAAGUUUUGCGGCAGACACUUUACCAAAUCCUACAAUUUGCUCAUCCACGAGAGGACCCACACGGAUGAGAGACCGUACACGUGUGACAUCUGCCACAAGGCGUUUCGGAGGCAAGAUCACCUACGAGAUCACAGGUAUAUCCAUUCCAAAGAAAAGCCCUUCAAAUGUCAGGAGUGUGGGAAAGGAUUUUGUCAGUCUAGAACUCUAGCAGUUCACAAAACUUUACAUAUGCAGGAAUCUCCACACAAAUGCCCCACAUGUGGAAGAACCUUUAAUCAGAGAAGUAAUCUGAAAACUCACCUUCUCACCCAUACAGACAUCAAGCCUUACAGCUGCGAGCAGUGUGGCAAAGUGUUCAGGCGAAACUGUGAUCUGCGGCGGCACAGCCUGACUCACACCCCGCGGCAGAACUUCUAGCGAAGCCCAGGAUCUGUCCUGUGCGGCCGCGGCUCCCUCCCCUAUCCACGGGGGCCCCCCCCCCCAUCCUCAUUGACCCCAGAUCUUCCCGGGCUGCAGCCGCACCUGCAGCUCCAGCGAGUUAACUGUGCUUCCUGAGGACUGAGAACUCUAGAAAGC